CUUCUGCCUUUUGUGCUCCUUGUGCACCUCCCUUCCCCGCAACCUGGGAUGAAACCUCCCCACGUGCUGGUGUUCCUUUGCCUCCUGGUGGCCCUGGUCACAGGGAACCUGGUCCAGUUCGGGGUGAUGAUCGAGAAGAUGACAGGCAAGUCUGCCCUGCAGUACAACGACUAUGGCUGUUACUGCGGCGUCGGCGGCUCCCACUGGCCGGUGGACAAGACUGACUGGUGCUGCCACGCCCACGACUGCUGCUACGGACGUCUGGAGAAGCUGGGCUGUGAGCCCAAACUGGAAAAGUAUCUUUUCUCUGUCAGCAAACAUGGCAUUUUCUGCGCCGGCAGGACCACCUGCCAGCGGCUGACCUGCGAGUGUGACAAGAGGGCCGCCCUCUGCUUUCGUCGCAACCUGGGCACCUACAACCGCAAAUAUGCCCAUUACCCCAACAAGCUGUGUACCGGACCCACCCCGCCCUGCUGAGGCUGUGCUCGGCCUCCUCCCUGUCCCUCGAGGUCCUGCCUGGGGCUGCUGUAGUCCCAGUCCUGGGGAACAUUGGCACUAAAGGCCCUCCCUCUGGAAAAUUCCUUUCCUGCAAACCCAUUCCUGCUUGAGAGCUCAGAGAUGUGUCCUGGACCAUCACUAGCCUCCCAGGCUACCCCUUCUCUGUAGAAAGAACCCUGCCCCAGGAGCCGUGGAUCCUUCAGCACCCGGAAGACUGUCACCAACUUCUGGGAUCUCAGCUCCCUCUUCUGAAUAAGUGAAUAAUGUUUUCCCAUAA